AUGUCGCUGUCGACGUGGAAGCUAGACUACAGUUAUUCUUCGAAGAACUGCCGCACUGCGGACAGCAAUUUCAAUCCGCCAGGCUUCUACUCGACAACGGCCAGUGUUCAGCACACGGUGAGUCGUUUUCUGACAUUUUCUCUUGAACACGUUAUUAAAUAACAAUGAUAAAUACAAUUCAAGUCAGAAAAUCAUAUAAAAUGGCUGUUUUUUUUAGGUUGACGCCGAGCGUUCCGCGGAUCAACACGAGCAUCUGGCUCGAAAGCGUGUGUGGGACACUGCUAUGGGACCGGCCAAGUCGUUGCCGAUGAACAUGUUCAUGAUGUACAUGGCCGGUGGCGGAGUCUCCAUUUUCCCGAUUAUGAUGGUCGGAAUGAUGCUUUUCCGACCGUUGAAGGCUCUUCUCGCCGUCAACUCCACCUUCAAACCGCUCGAGGUACGAAUCCAUUGAAAUUUUUCAGCAAUUGUAUCAUUUCAGAGCCCUGCCACCGGAAACAUGAUCAUCCACAAGAUCAUCUACAUCCUCGGAAACCUCGGAGCCAUCGCCCUUGCCAUCUACAAAGUGCACACAAUGGGUCUCCUGCCGAACACGCCGUCCGAUUGGCUCGAAUUCAUUCCGCAGCCGGGCCGUGCUCAGUACUCGAUCGUCGACGAGGUGUUCAUCUGA